AUGCUGAUAUCGCACACUCGCCGUUGUUUAUCGUGGCGCCUUCUCGCAGCGCCGGCUGUGUGCGACACGCGCUGCAGCGGCGCCAGCAGCCAUCGCGCCGGCAGGGCUGGCGGUGGCGCCUGCCGCGGCAGUGGCCUGGGGCGUGUGCCGUUUCCCACACCCACGCUCGUGUGUGCGGUGCGGCUCCACGGCGACGCCACCGGGGACCGCGGUAAGCCGCUCACACUGCAUGUGCAGCUGCCAGAUGGCACCACACGCGACGUGAGGGCGUACGAGGGGCAGACGCUGCUCGACGUCGCCAUGGAGGCGGGGCUGCCGAUCGAGGGGGCCUGUGGCGGGUCGUGCGCCUGCUCCACGUGUCACGUGUACUUGGAGAACGACGCCGCGAUGGAGCUCUUUGACGAGCCAACGGAUGAAGAGAACGACAUGAUUGACAUGGCCUUUUUCCCGCAGGCCACCUCACGCCUGGGGUGCCAGCUGAGGCUGGUGCAGGCGAAGCACGACGGGCUGAAGAUAACGCUUCCGCAUGCCACGCGCAACAUGUACGUGGACGGCCACACCGUAACGCCACACCACUAA